AUGGCCCAGAGAGAGAGAACUCCCAUUAAUGGAAUUCAGAAGGAAACCCUGAGGUCAUUCUUUGAAAAAGGAAUGACACGAGUUGGUUCUGAAUUAAUUCCUAGAGCUGCAUCGGCUACUGGUUUGGACACCAGUGUCGUAGAAAACUGGAUUGGUAAUUACAAAAGGUCAGAAAAGGAUAAUGCUUCAUCUGAGCCCCGGCCAUCAAAGGCCAAAACUCACAUUCGAGAGUUGUCGCCUUAUAAUCUUUUUUGUAGAGAUAUAUUGAAAAACAAAGGAACAAUGAAUGAUAUUAAGGGAAGGUGGGCCACAUUGGGGGAAGAAGAAAAAAAGAAGUAUGUUGAGGAGGCAGCAGCACUGAGGGCACAUGGGGAGGCACAGGACCUAAGCCCUGAGAUGAGGGAUGCCCGGAUAAAAAUGCACCUCAAGAAGAUGAAGUUAGAGGUGUCCAAGCUUGAGGAGUUGGGUGUGGAAACAGCCAUCUUGUCCUUUGAUCGUCAAAAGUCCUCAUUAGAGGUUUUUGAAAUGAGCAGCAGAGGAGCCACUGAUUUCCUUGAUAAAUCUGACACAGUGAACAACUUUGCACUGCAUUUCAAAGCCAGCUCCUCGGCCGCAAUGCCCAGUGCCAGAGAACACGUCACUGUUUUGGUGGGAAAAGUAAAAGAUCUCUUCAACCAAAAAUACAAGGAGGCCGGAGGUACUGGAAGGGUCCCCUACCAGUCCCUAGUGAAUCAGGGCUUGGUCAUUAGAGUUUCUGGACUGCCCAAUAGCCUUACCCUGAAAAAGCCUUCCUUUUAUGGAAGGAACCAAUUGGUAGGAAUAUUGCAAGCAGCAGAGGAGAUUACGUUUGAAAUAGACCAUUUGGCUCUAUACAAAGUGGUGAAAAUCUGA